AUGGACUCGACAGAUACUGAAAUACGAAGGAAAAGAAACAGAGAGAGCUCACUGCAGCCAUUGAUACCGACGAGUGUCCUCGAUCAAGCCUCACAAAGACUAUUCAUUGUGUCAAUAUUCAUUCUAAUACAGAGUUGGAAAAUUUAUGAUUUGGUUCUACUAAAAUCAGAAAUCCCAGCAACGGGAGAAGUGUUAACACUGUUGAGCAAUUUUACAUUUGUAUUGAAAUAUAGUGUAUUGGAUGGGCUAUUUUUAUGGCUCUUACCAGUUUUGAAUAUCCAGUACUUGUCAUUUUCGCCUUUAAAAACAUUAUUACUUACAAUAACACUAUACGGAUUCUCAAUUUUCUUGGUGAGUGCUAUGGCAUUACCGUUACUAUCCAAUGUAUUUUUACCAAUUUGGAGAUUCUUGUUGCAAAAAAAGGAAUUGAACAUAAUUGGUGAAUCAAUUGAUAGAAGCCAAGUGAUAGAUAUGGAUUCACAUUUUAAAGGUCAAUUGACCAUUCAUUAUUUACCAGACUCGUCAGCAAAAAUGAAUCCGUUCCAUUUCGACCAGACGUGUCUUGGAUUGGACAACAAUCAUCUCAUUAACAUGCCCGUUGAGUUCAAUACCACAUCGGGAAUUGGGUAUUUACAAGUACAACACACUACCCCUGACAACGAAAUCCAAUAUUUAAAUUAUACUGGACAUUUCCUUCGGAGACUCUUUAAAAAAGACUAUACUCACUUGUCUCAGUAUAAAGAUUAUAAAAAGUCUGACAAAAGAAUUUUCUAUUUGGAAUACCCAAUAACAAAGCCAGGAAUGUACAGGAUCAAAAAUGUUUUAGAUAAUAAAGGAAACAGCAUUCGUACAUACAAAUCAGAAUUUGUGAUUUCAGAUUGUCCACUGGCAAAGUUUUUUUAUCCUCCAAACUUUGAAAGCUCAAAUGGGUUCAAAUGUGUCACAACUUUAGAAGAUGAUAGUUUCCCAUUGCCAUGGGUGGAAGUUUCCAGUACCACCCCCUCGUCUGUAAAGCUUAAUGUAAAAGUCAACGGUAAAGAAUUCCGAAUGAUGAAUUUGACAAUAGGACAAGAAACAGAUCAUAAAGUAUCGAGAACUGAUUUUAGCUGGCUCAAAACAGUAAGAUUAGUACGAAAUUCGUUACAAGAAAAAAUUUUAGAUUCAAAGAGCACUUUCAACUGGGGUGAUACCAGCAUUUUGGAAUUCCAGUUGUUGCAGGUCAAAGAUUCUUUCGGUAAUGUACACCGAUAUGAACCGCUUUCAAAAGAUAAAGAUGUAUGGUAUAAACUUGAGCUUAGAAAAUCACCAUCUAUUGGUAUUUACGAUAAGGAAAAAACCCAAGAGUUAUUAGUGGGUGGACAAAAGGUGCUCUAUUUUUCGAAUUUGGAAAACUUCAAUGAUGAUGACUUUCCUAUUGACGUUAAGGUGAAGUAUAUCGGUCAGGAAGAACAAAAUAUAACUCGCACGUUCGAGACGAAAGCUGAUUUGCGUAAUGGACUUACAAUAACUAAACCAGGAAAAUACGUGUUGUCCAGUGCUAAAGACAAGUACUGUCCAUGUGAAGCAGAUAAAACACCAGUUGAAGUUGAAUUGGCAUCAAUCCCAUCAUUGGAUAUUGUUGCUGAUCCUGUUUCUGAUAGAUGUCUUGGUACUAUUGGGUACAAUUUUGAUUUCAAUUUCACUGAAGGUAGACCUCCGUUUAGAGUGCAAUAUCGAAUUUACUCCAAUACAUCUGGUAUUCUUAAACCAGUUUAUUCAGAUACUGGUAAACUUAAUAGAGAAUUAAAGUCAUUUGAGAAGUCUCAUUCUUUUAAAUUCAAGCCUCCAAAUGAAGGCAGUUAUACCAUUAUGUUUACUAAUUUAAAAGAUGCAAACUAUUUCAAAGACCCGAUAGCAUUGGAUGAAAAUAAAUAUUCAUAUCUGACAUAUUUUAGACAAUUGUCACAAGUGGGAUUUCAAGUUCAUCAACGUACAAUUCACACGUGUUAUGGACACACAACCAAAGUUCCAAUUUUCUUCAAUGGGAACGGUCCGUUUUCCUUUGAGUACGACUUUUUGGAUGUUAACUCUAGAAAGAAGUUGGUUGAUACGGUAAGAGUUAGCAAUGUCGAGAAUUAUGCAAUUGACACACCAAAAGAAUUGAUUGGUAAAACAUACGAUUUGAAAUUGAGCAAUGCAAAGGAUAGAUUUGGCUGUGAUGCUAUAAUAGUUGAUGCAAACUCUCCAGUAAGGGUUGUUAGCAGACUGGAUAUCCCUGAAGUUGAAUUUAGUCGAGCUGGACAGAAAUUGCAAGUUGUCGAAGGCUCAUAUGUUGAUAUACCAUUGUCGAUUAAAUCUAAAAUUGCAGUUAAUGGCAAUGACAAGAUUGAGGUUAAAUAUUUGGGGCCAACUUCCAAAGAGCCUACUAUUAGACGGGCUCAAUUGGUCGGCUCUUCAAUCAGAUUAUCAGACGAAGGGACUUAUUGGUUGCAUUCUUUUGAAAGUAAUGGUUGUGCUGGUCGUAUAGGAAAGGCAGACCAAUUUGUCACUAUUGGCUACUAUGCGAAACCGUCAUUAGCAAUCAGUGCUAGUAACGAAAUGUUACAACAUACAGAUGAUUCAACAAUUCAUUUGAAACCGGUUUGUAAUGGAUGUUCCAAUGAAAUUACUUUGAAGUUAACUGGUGAAGCACCAUUUGUGGUGGAUUAUGAAAUAAACUUACCCAGUGGAAAAAUGGAAACACAUUCUAUGAACAUUGAUACUCACGAUAUCACCAUCAAAUUGCCAACUAGAUCUAACGGGAGAUUUGAACAUCAGUUCAAACGUGUUUAUGAUCGUUUAUACACAAAAACCAGAGGAAAACCCACAAGUUUACAUGUUCCUAAAGUUAUUUAUGACAUCAACCCAUUACCAACGGCACAGUUUUUGCCUGAUGAUCAUUUCACUCAAGUAUGUGAGAAUAAGUUAUCUGAAGACUCAGUUAUUGCUCAUGUUCCUAUUCAAUUUAGUGGUGCAUAUCCAUUUGACGUUUUGUUAACAUUGACGAAUGAAAAAACAGGAAAGAUGCAUGAUAUCAGGUAUAGAAAUGUGGAGGAUAAUUAUAUCACCUUGAAAACUCUCAACUUUCUUGGAUUGGGCGACUAUUCCUUGAAGUUUGCCAAAGUAUCUGAUGCCAAUGGUUGUACAACACACCAGUUCAAAACAAAUGACAGAUACCUCAUAUCCAUUACUGAGCCACCUACUAUUUACAAGGCCGAUCCAGCAACCAAACAUUAUUGUGUUGGAGACCACGUUGCCUAUAAUUUGUCGGGGGUGUUCCCAAUAACUAUUUUCUAUGAAUAUAAUGAUAAAGUGAGAAGAGUUGAGCUGUAUAGUCGUUUUGAAAGAUUAGCGUCACGUCCAGGUGUUUUAAACAUUCACGGAUUAAAGGAUUCUGGAAUCAAUUCGUGUGCUGUGAAUUACACAUUUGAUACGACCAAACUAGAUGAAUUGAGAUUAGAGGUUCACGAAAUUCCUACUGUUGAAGUGAAUAAAGGUGACUAUUUGAUAGAAGAUCUUCAUGAAGGGGAUCAAACAGAAUUGAUAUUUACUUUCCUUGGGGAGCCACCAUUCCAACUUACUUAUAUUCGUACAAUCGAUAUCAGAAAGGGGAAGAAAACUUUUAGGAAGUUGGUUGAGAAGGAAACUAUAAAGGAUAUAUGGCAACAUGAGUUGGUAGUAAUGGCAAGCCUCGAAGGUACCUAUGAAGCAAUUGAGAUACAAGAUAAGUAUUGUCGGGCGGUCAAGAAAGUUGAUUAUAUAGAGUGA